UUUAUUGAUUUUGACGAUUGGAUCUCUCUAUGAAUGGAAAAGAGGUGCUUCGGAUCGGGAGUAAACACUAGUUACAUUACAGGGGAAAAAUCAGGGCGAAGGACAAAAGAAAGAAAGAGCGACCAAUGCCUACAUUAAAUCAAUUGAUUCGUCAUGGUAGAGAAGAAAAACGGCGCACGGACCGUACUCGAGCUUCGGAUCAAUGUCCCCAGAAGCAAGGAGUACGCCCGCGUGUACCAACGAGAACACCGAAAAAACCGAAUUCAGCUCCACGUAAGAUAGCCAAAGUACGGUUGAGCAAUCGACAUGAUAUAUUUGCUCACAUUCCGGGGGAAGGUCGUAAUUCGCAGGAACAUUCUAUAGUCUUAAUAAGAGGAGGUAGAGUGAAAGAUUCGCCAGGUGUGAAAUCCCAUUGUAUUCGAGGAGUCAAGGAUUUGUUGGGAAUUCCGGAUCGAAGAAAAGGGAGAUCAAAAUAUGGUGCAGAAAAACCAAAAUAGAGAUGAAUGGAAGAUGCCUCU